AUGCAUAGUAUCUUCUCGAGACUGAACAAUGGCUCUUCGCUGCUCUCAUCAUGCUUGAUGGGCCUUUUGCUGGCCGUAACACUCUCCACUUUCGUCUUCACGGCGGAGCCCCAGGGAAACUUGACUAUCGGGUCAAUACGAGUCCUUGAGGGACGGAAUCCUCGACGAUACAAUCAAAAGCAAGAAGUCGGGGUAGUGCGAUUCAAUGUCACUGCUGAUCUCACGCCACUAUUUCAUUGGAAUACGAAGCAAAUCUUCUUAUACCUGCAGGCAGAGUAUAACACUACCGAAGGAGUCCAGAACGAUGUAGUUAUUUGGGACCGUAUUGUACGCAGAAAAGAAGACGCGUCCAUCAACGUUGUUGCAAAAGAUAAGUACCACCUCCGCGACGUCUCCAGGACCUUCAGGGGUGUUCCACACGCGCAAUACGCACUCAAGUACAACAUCAUGCCUUAUGUAGGCGUUCUGACAUAUGGCGAGGUUGCACGAACCUCGGAGGCAGUAGUUUUUCCUAAAUUAGGAGAGCUGUAG